CACCUUGUAACAUAAUUGUUAAAAGCCCUAGAUAUAUAGUGAUUCUUGUACCUCGCUUAGUCUAGAACAGAGAAGGCUAUCUCCGGCUCACCAUUAAAAACGAUCAUUCACCACGCAAAUGCAGCCCAACACGCAUAUCAUAUUAACGCUUCAAAGUAAGCAAACAUGGCAGUUCUGCUCAUCUUCGUAUGUAUAUUUCCCGAGCUCUUCUACGCCGCAGACAAUACUUUUGCACGAGCAACCAUACCCCCAUAAGGUAUCAUGAUGUCUUCCGCACCUAGUUCCAUCGCCCCCGACCCGAGCUCCCAAGCAAAGAGCGACGCUGUCACUGCUCCCUCGAUCGGGAAGGCUACGACCGGCUCACUCCUCGUACGCGCAAUCCUAGAGGCUUAUGGCAAGGAGAUACUCGAGUCUGCAAGCGAGCAGUUUCUUGAUCUCGCCCUCGAGGUGCGACUCCAAACUAUUGGAAAGUAAUCGAUUUAUUGAUGGUUGACAGACUGCAGAAUGAC